AUGGAAGAGCUGAGUUUCUUUAACGAGCGUGAAGCGGAAUGCUUCGAACGCGAGGACACAUUGUCGCAAUCGGACCUUGAAAAGCUCAAUGUCGACGAGAACAUGCCGGAGAUGGAGAGGACAGAAAAGUUACUCAAGACAGGGCUCGACAAGCAGAAGAUCAGCAUCUUGAACUCGCUGCCAAAGAUUCUGGCGAGCAACAACUCGAAGACAAAUCUGAGCGUCAUGCUUGACUGCAUGAAGGGAGUUUGGCAAAAGUAUGAAUCCGAGAUGAAUGCGGACCCUGCGGUUCUCCUCGAGCUAUUCAAGGGCCUAGCGAGCUUAGCAUGCGCGACUGUGGAUGGCAAAGUGCUGAGCUAUCCGGUGGUCACGUUCCAUGAAGAGUACGCUGAGCAACUUGAAGCCUGUCGAACGGAGAAGAAGAACGCGGUGUUUCUUCUCUCAGACGAGCAGGUUGCCAAGUUGCUGGUGCCUUUCGCUCUCGAUAUUAUCACAGAAAUUCAACAGAAGGACUACGCAGAGGAGGCAAGCCUGGCUGUCAUUGCAUUGCUGCCACGCCUAGGAGCGUCACUGAAGAAGACGCAGAUUCUUCGAGUGGCCAUUGAGAAGGGUGAUGUAUCUCAAACUCCCGGCUCUAGAUUAAUAUGCUGCUUUGUAUUGGGCGCUAUUACUGCUUUGAACUUAUUGUCUGCUCCGGACAUUGAAGGACUUUACUUUCAAAAGAUGAUGGCGCUUUGUCAAGACACUGAUGCUGAAGUUCGCAAAUGCAUGUGCAUUCAGUUAGACGGAUUAGCACGAGCUGUCGGAGAAGAACACGCUUGUUCAGAGUUACUCCCGGAGCUAUUAGAGCUACUACAGGAUGAAGAAGAACAGGUCAAGCAAACAGCGUUUCUUACUCUGGUGUCACUUAUCGACUUUUUCCCGGCAAAGGACCGUGUCAAGCUGAUCAUCCCAGAAUUUGUCAGUAUGGCGGAAUCUUUACCCGAUUACCUGGUACCAUCCCUUGCAGAACGGUAUGGACACCUCGUCACAAAGCUGUCCACCCUGAACCACCUUGGAAACGAUAUCGGACAAUCUUUGCUCCAGAGCUAUGCCAAACUUUGUUCUCAUGAAGAGCUCGAAAUUCGGCAGUUCUGUGCGUACAACUUCCCCGCUAUCGUAAAAGCCUUCGGUACAACGUAUGCGUCAACUUUGAUGGACGAUCUCCUGGCAAAGUUGGCCAGUGACCCAAACGAGGAGGUUCGACAUUCCAUAGCUGCUGGAAUCCACGAGGUUGCGUUAUUGCUUGGUCAGCAGCGAGCGUUGCGCUAUCUCAGGACAUUGGUCUUGAACUUGAUGAACGAUGAGUCACCAGUAGUCCAGGGUACGGCAAUUUCUCGAGCGCCGCAGUUGCUAGCGGCGAUGAUCAAUCCAAACGACGAGGAGCAGAAGGGGGUGAUUCUCGACGCGAUCAUCAAGUCUGUCAUUGAAUACCACGAAAUUCUGCCUCCAAGUCGAAAUCGAGACCAAAUCGUUUUUCUCGAAACGAUGCAGCAAUUUCCGUCGUGGUUUUCAUCCGCACAGAUGUACGAGAUGGUGAUUCCGAUCAUCUUUGAUUUUAUCGAGGAUGGCGCGCGCCCCGUUCAGCUGCUUGCCAUGCAAGUGGUGCUCAAGUGCAUCCGGUAUAAUGACACCGCAAGCCAUCGUUAUUCCUUACUCAGCAGACUUCGAAGCGAGUAUGGCCACUCGAAAAGCUACUGGCGGCGGAUUCUCUACCUUGACGCAUGUGUCUACGCGCUCAGUUUAAACAGUCGACUGUACUUCCAGCGAAACUUUCUGGAGGUUGCGAUCGAUCUUCUUGACGACCCCAUACCCAACGUUCGUCUCAAGGCGAUCUCGCUCGUGCCACUGUGGAAGAAUGCACUAUCUUAUUUAUCGGACGAGAAGUCCCUCGAUCGAAUCCGGCAAUUCUUGGAUGAAUCGACUAUUGAUAGUGAUCGGGACGUGGCGAAUGCUCUUCACGAAACCCGACAAGUUGUGGAAGCAAGUAAUGUGGGUCAGCCACGUCGACCGCAAGACGAUUCCGAAGACAAGAAGAAGUUGACUGAGGAGGAGAAUCUAGGGCUGAUGACCGACCACGAAGAUUCCUCCGCAGACUCCAAGUGGUCGAGCAUGCUUGAGUACACUUUAGUUGUAGGGAAGGACGGACAAGUCGUGCGGAGGGCUCGAGUAAAGUCGUUCGAUCUCGUGAACAAGAUAGCGAGGGUGCCUGGAAAAGAAGGCGGACGAGGGAAUGGGAUGAGCGUCGGUGGGGGUAUGGCGAGUGGACUGGGCUUGGGAACAGGAAGCAGCUCGAUGGCCUUAGCCAUGGGAAUUGGAUCGAAGCCCGACCCAAACAAAAUGAAGGCGGCGCCUAAAACUCCGAGUAAACCUGCACCGCCACUUACUACGCUACCGAAUUGCGCGACCGCGCGACCUGGUCAUGCGAAGAUGCCUCAGGCAGUCAAGGUAGCCAAUUCUACGGGGAAAAUCGUAGCGGCUGGGAGCAAAGGUUCUUUGGGGCCUACAAGAACUGGAACGGGUUUGCCCAAGGACACAGGCGUGAUCACGAAGAUACCGAUUAUCAGGCCGUCAGCUCCAGCCAAGCGAGAAGCAAGCCCGUCAAGUAGCACAAAGCCCAGCAGUGCGACCCUAGCGUUGGCCCCUGGACCAUCCGGCAGGUUAGGGACAAUAGACAACAACGGAGUAGGGGCCCUCAAACCGCAGAAAGCCUCCGGUACACCAGGAACGCCCAAACGCUAG